AUGAGCAGCUACGCCGACGUCGCGGCCAAGAACUCGGAGCAGAGCCCUGAAGAAGCGUAUGUACUUCACCGCGAUACCCGCGCCCCUCCCGUCCCAGGCAUGAACCACGAUGAAUCCACCGCCUCCUCCCUCAUCGACGUCGACAGCCCCCACGUUUCCAGCGUAAAGUCCGACUUCCAAUCCCAAGAGAUCAAAACCGAAACCCAAGCCGACCGCAUAGCGCGCGAGGCCGAAGAAUCCGCCGAGCGCGCCCGCUUGAAGGCCUCCAAGGAAGCCUCCGCCGCCAAAGACAAGGCGUCCGCUGAAGCGAAGAAGGCGAAGGCGGAAGCCAAGAAGACCGGCAAGAAGUUGCAGGACAACAAGGACAACCCGGUUGUCGUGGGCAAUGCCAUCCUGUGGGGCGUGACGGCUGUAGCGGUUGGGUACGGCGCGUAUCAGAAGCAGCAGGAGGGCAAGCUGGAUUGGAAGCUGGCGGGCACAGUGGGUGCCGGACUGGCGGCGUUGGCGGCAGGCGAUUAUUUCGCGAGCCAAUGGCUGUUCGAGAACAAGUACCCUCCGAAAUAG